AUGGGCACCCUGGGGUACCUCGACCCUGACUACAUCGACACAGGUGGGGAGGCCUGUAAAUUGUUUGUGGUCCUUGUUGUUCGGGUAUCACCACUACACACAACCGCCCCUUCCUCCCCCACUUCCUCUCCACUGCACACAACCGCUCUUCCCUCCCGCACUUCCCCUCCACUACCCGCAACUGCCUCUUUCCUCCCUGAAUCCCCAUCCCCCCUUCCUCGUCCCCUCUCCCACCUCUCCCUCUUCUCCCUUCGUCUCCCGGUCCCCUCCCGUGCAUCAACCCGCUCAUCCUCCCCCACCACCCCCAGGUCACCUCACCCCCCUGAGCGAUGUGUUCUCCCUGGGUGUGGUUCUGCUCGACCUGCUCACCGGUUGAGGGUAUUGUUCUGCUCACUGUACCCCUCCUCUUUCCUUCUUGUGCCUCUCCUCCGCGAGUCACCCCCCUAUCCCCUCUUCCCCACCCCCACGUCACCUCACCCCGCUGAGCGAUGUCUUCUCUCUGGGCGUGGCCACCUCACCCCGCUGAGCGAUGUCUUCUCUCUGGGCGUCGUGCUGCUCGAACUGCUCACCGGCCAGUUCCCCACCACUGCUGCCACCCACAACCGCCUCUUCUUCCCCUCCACUACGCACAACCAUCCCCCCCCUCUCUCCAGGUCACCUCACACCCCUGAGCGAUGUCACCUCACCCUGCUCAGCAAUGUCUUCUAUCUGGGCGUAGUGCUUCUCACCCACUCCCACUUCCCCUCCUUGUCACCCUCUCCCAUGCAUCGCCAACCACCAGGUCACCUCACCCCGCUGAGCGAUGUCUUCUCUCUGGGCGUGGUCCUCCUCGAGCUGCUCACCGGCCGAUCCCCCGCCACCACCGCCACACACAACCGCCUCUUCCCCUGGAUCCACAAGCAGCUGGCGCGAGGUACAAAAGGGGGGGGAGGGGGGGACUCAGUAUCAGCAGCAGCGGCAGCAGCAGAAGCGGGAGGAGCGGGUAAUGAAGGGCAACAGCAGCAGGGGCAGCAGCAGGAGGGGAGGAAGGCGGAUGGGUUUCAUAUAAGCCAAGUGGUGGAUCCACGGCUGAAGGGGCAGUUCUCAGCGGGUGCAGCGAAGAAGCUGCUGCUGGUGGCGCUGCAAUGCAGUCAAGAGGAGCCCAGCAAGCGACCCGACAUGAACCGUGUGGUGGAGAGGUUAAGGGAGAUCGCUGCCUCUGGGGUGGGGAAAGGAGGGGCGCAAAGGGUGGAAGGAGGAGGAGCAGGAGUGCAAGGGAUGGCAGGCGGAGGGGCAGUAGUGGCAGGGUGCAGCCAGGAGGAGCCGAGCAAGUGGCCUGAGAUGAACCGUUUGGUGCAGAGACUGAGGGAGAUUGCUGCUGCAGGUGGGGCGCAAAGAGUGGAAGGGGGAGGAACAGAAGGCGCAGGAGUGGAAGGGGUGGCAGUGGGAGGGAUUGCAGUGGCCGGGGGAGGGAUUGCAGUGGCCGGGGGAGGGAUUGCAGUGGCCGGGGGAGGGAUUGCAGUGGCAGGGGGAGGGAUUGCAGUGGCCGGGGGAGGGAUUGCAGUGGCAGGGGGAGGGAUUGCAGUGGCUGGGGGAGGGAUUGCAGUGGCCGGGGGAGGGAUUGCAGUGGCAGGGGGAGGGAUUGCAGUGGCAGGGGGAGGGAUUGCAGUGGCAGGGGGAGGGAUUGCAGUGGCCGGGGGAGGGAUUGCAGUGGCAGGGGGAGGGAUUGCAGUGGCCGGGGGAGGGAUUGCAGUGGCCGGGGGAGGGAUUGCAGUGGCAGGGGGAGGGAUUGCAGUGGCAGGGGGAGGGAUUGCAGUGGCAGGGGGAGGGAUUGCAGUGGCCGGGGGAGGGAUUGCAGUGGCAAAAAAAAAAUUGCAGUGGCCGGGGGAGGGAUUGCAGUGGCAGGGGGAGGGAUUGCAGUGGCCGGGGGAGGGAUUGCAGUGGCAGGGGGAGGGAUUGCAGUGGCAGGGGGGGGGAUUGCAGUGGCCGGGGGAGGGAUUGCAGUGGCAGGGGGAGGGAUUGCAGUGGGCGGGGGAGGAGUGUAGAUGUAGGGCACGGGCAGUAUACAGCGACUGCAGCGACGGGUUGCUGCUGGUGGCGCUGCAGUGCAGCCAAGAGGAGCCGAGCAGUGAUUGA